UCUCUUUUAUUUCCCUGUUAAAAAGUGCUGAAAGAAAAGCCAAUGGCUUGUAGGACUGAUGAUAAUAAGAGCAAAGUGAAAAAUGAAACCAUGAAGAACGGAGCUGUCAGCAAGGGAGCUUGGACACCGGAGGAAGAUAGGAAACUAGCUGAGGUUAUUGAAGUUCAUGGGGCCAAGAAGUGGAAGUCCAUCGCUGCCAAAGCGGGCCUUAAUCGUGCUGGUAAGAGUUGUAGGCUGAGAUGGUUGAACUAUCUUAGACCCAACAUCAAGAGAGGAAACAUAUCAGAACAAGAAGAGGAUUUGAUACUUCGACUUCACAAACUCCUUGGAAACAGAUGGUCUUUAAUCGCCGGAAGGCUGCCGGGAAGAACGGACAAUGAGAUAAAGAACUACUGGAAUUCUCACUUGUGCAAGAAGAUAAAACAGAGGGAGCAGCAAUCAAGUGGGAGUUCAAUCAGACAAGAGAACCAAAGAGUGGUUUUGGAGGAAGCAGUUCCUGAAGAGAAUUCUACAGUGCGAGCUGAUGAUGAAGCCGCAUCAAAAGAACCCGAUGUUGAUAAUGUGGAUGGGUUCUUUGACUUGUCCAAUGAAGAAGUUCAAUUUAAUCUGGAGUGGGUUAAUCAAUUCCUUGAACUAGACGAUGCCACUCUUGGACUCUUCUCACAAUAACACCUUUAUCAGUUCUGUUCUCUUGGUGUAAUAAAUGGUAGCCGAGACGAAAAUAUGCUCUUCUAGUCCGUACAACCUUCCUGCAUCAUGUAGAAUAUUAGUGCACGCAGUGAUUAAGUGAUGUACACAUUCAAUGUUUAGAUUAUUGGAUCACUUGUCGCCGCUUCAUAGGAGUAUGCAUGUCUUAAAUUUCCCUUUAUGACUUAGAGGUUAUGUUAUCAUUAUUCUAUGAUUGGGUAUGAAAAAAUUAUGCUUUGCUA